AUGGGAUCUGUUUCAAUCCUUGGAAGCGAUGAAUUGUUGGCCUGUUUUGUCGCAGGAAAUUCUUUUACAUGGGACGAUUGGUUCCGAGAAGAGACACAAGACUCUCAUUUUCAAGAAAUUAUUGAUGUGCUUUUGAAUUUAUCAAUUUUUAUUUAUAUUGGCGCGAUUAUGCCAUGGUCAUCAUUUAAUAAUAGUGAAUUAGGAUUAUCAUACUGGCGAUUGUUUGUCGUUUCAAUUCUUAUUCUUUUGUUUAGACGUCUUCCCAUUGUGUUAAUUUUAAUGAAUAAUAUUCCUCCUUUGAAAAAUUUCCGAGAAGGUCUGUAUGCUGGUUGGUUUGGACCAAUUGGAAUCGGAGCCAUAUUUUACGCUGCGCUUGCCAAAGAGAAUGGCACUGAAAAUGUCCAGAAACUUGUCACCCCGGUUGUUUUUUUCAUGGUUCUUUCUUCAGUCUUUUGUCAUGGGAUUUCCAUCCCGAUAAUUAAAAUUGGGAGACAAGUAAACACGUUGUCGAGGACAACCACUAGUCAAUCCUCAUAUCAAAUCAAUUAUUUGACAACAACUGUGGUUGUACAAGACGAAAAGAAGAAGAAAGAUCAAGAUGUUACGGCUGACAAUGUACAAGACGAAAAGAAUAAGAAAGAUCGAGAACAAGUUGUUAGAAUGGCAGACCAUGUAACUGUUAAAAGUGAAAAUAACAAAAAUGAAACUAUUAUGAUUAAAGAAAUGACAGACAAUAUCAACUUAGAUGAAAUUAUUAUGGCUAAUGAAACAACUGAUGGCAAAGUUGAUAACACUGAUGAUACUAAAAAUACGGGCGAAAAUAAUUCAAUUAAAGCAGGUUUAGAACCUGAAGAGGUUUAUGAAGAACGUGAGGAUGUCGUUAUCGAAGAUGGAAAUCGUCAUGUUUAUGUUACUCCAAACCCACCAUGA